CGGUCAUGUGAUCAGCUGUGUCCAAUCACAGCUGAUCACAUGUACACUGAUCAUCAGGGCACUGAUGAUCAGUGUGCCCUGAUGAUCAGUGUGGCCCCAGAAGUGCCAUCUAUCAGUGUCCAUCAGUGCCAGCAGUCAGUGCUCAUCAGUGCCAUGUGCCAGUGCCCAUCAGUGCCACAUCAAUGCCACAUAUCAGUGCAUACCAGUGCACAUCAAUGCCACAUAUCAGUGCCCAUCUGAGCUGCCUUUCAAUGUCACCUAUCAGUGCCAGUCAGUGCCACCUAUCAGUGCUGCCAAUCAGUGCCACAUAUCAGUGCCAGUCAGUGUCGCCUAUCAGUGCCAAUCAGUGCCGCCUAUCUGUGCCAUAUAUCAGUGCUGCCUUUCAGUGCCCAUCAGUGAUGCCUGUCAAUGCCCAUCAGUGCAACCUACCAGUGCUUCCUCAUCAG